AUGAAGAUGCUCAUUCCCGUGGCCCUUUGGUGCCUGUUGCUGGCAAGGCCGGGCACCGGUGCGCCCUUCACCCUGCUCGAUGAGUCCAUACCCGUGCCGGAGUCAAAGAUGAUCGAUUUUGAAAAUCUGACCGAAAGCGAACGCGAGCAGUUCAUGCGGGAGAACGUCAACAUUACGGCGCUCAAGAUCCAACAGCGGGUGCUACGGGAGCAGCAGAACAAGAACCGCACCAGCGGCCAGCCCCCCAUCACCCAGAGCACCCACGAGCAGAACAUUUCGGAUCCCGUGAAAAAGCGGAAAAUAUUCGCCGAGCACAUUACUGGUAACAUUAAGCACAUCAUCGAGAGCAACCUCAUGCGCAAUGAUACCGUUGGACAAUUGGCGACAACGCACGAGAUGGCCUUUUCCGCCGUCUGCGAGAUUCCCAAAAACACCAACUUCAGCCAGUGGAAUGAGGACAACACCUGGAAUCUGUACUUCCGUCUGCCUUACAAUAAGCAGUAUAAUUCUGUCUACUCGGCUGUACUAAGACUCUAUGUGAACGGCAUCAACUCGACUGGUACGCGUAACCUGCAGGAGUCCGAUAACUGCAAGAACCCGGCGGAUCAAAUGAUUCGCAUCACGACGUCGGUUUACUACCGUAAAAAUCGUAAAGAUAACACCUCGAUCGAACGCAAGAAGCGCGUCUGCAGCUGCCUCACGAUCCCGGUGUCCUACCGUGGCUGGAUCUCGAUGGACACCCUGCUGGCGGUGAAAAUGUGGGACAAGCCGAAAAGCAACUUUGGCAUCGCGAUCGACGUCGAAGACAUGGACGAUCGUCCGCUCCGGGCGGCCGACUUUUUCCAGCCGACCGACUGCUCGGAGGCAAGUAGAGGCAAUGUUACAACCUUACUUCCAUGGAGCUUUUUCCGAAACUCACUCUCAUGGACCCCUAAUGAAAUGGACAAUGUGCCACACGUCCCGCGAAUAGAUAUCGGCAUCUAUAAGACUAUGCAUCACAAUCAUCGCCCGUUCCUUUCCAAGAGCCAAUAUGGAUACAACGUGCGCCACCAUGUGCCCAACGGUGCCACUGCCGGCAGUUACUCGGGCAACUCGUACGAACACGACGUCAUUGACGGCAUGGUACACGUCUCUGGCAGCACCAGCAGCAGCAGCAGCAGCAGCGAUAUUUCUGCAAUCAACCACCACCACCAUCAGCAUCAUCAUCAGCACCACAAGGUGCAACGCCAUAACCAACAGCAAUACCAGCAGCACCCUGUAGCCAUGAGCAAAACGCAUAAGAAGCGACGCCAUCUGAACUAUCGCGUGGGCGAGAGCGAGGAAAACCAGUCAGCGUCAGCGUCGUCAUCGUCAUCGGCCGGGUACGAUUCGUCGGCAGCCACAUCCGGGGAGGACCGAAAACUAUGAUUCAACUAUUGCAGGGAGAUCCCGACAAUGAUCACUCGGUUCUAGAGGAUGCCAAGCAGCAGAACCCGCUUUGGCAUAAACGGUAGCGAAAGCGUUGGUAAUUUUGUAGGUGGUAGUAGGCGUAUAAGCACUAAUAGUAGUACCUAUAGACGUAAGUAAUCGGGCUCGCUCACGAAUGCCCGUGGAAUA